AUGAUUAUCUUUGAGAGUGUCGAGAACGGCAAUGUUGAUGGCACAUCCGGUGAAGACGCAACACAAAAUAAAUUUGGAAGCCAAACAGCGAACACAAAAAGUAUCCCCCAGCAAAUUCAGGUUGAAUCGGCGAAGAUGGAAGAGUUGAAUGUCGACAAUGAUAAGUACGGAAGGCGAUCACAAAUUGGUGACACAAAUAAGAAGUCGACCACAAAAAUAGGUUCAUUGGAUUCCAGUGCGUCUGGUAACGUAUUUGCGAUACGUUCACCAGGAAAUGGAGUAGUCAGAGGUGGGUACCUCGGGUUGCCUUCACCAGAACUAUUUGGUGGACAUCAGUCUUAUUUGGCUGUGCCUGCCGGAGCAGGGCAAAUUGCUGCAGAAAGAUUCCAGGAUGGAUGUUGUGGUGGAAGUUGGUUCUCAAGAUCUGGUAAAUUCUGCACACCAAUCAAUCUCGAGCCAUGCAUACCAUUAAUUCCGAGAGCUUGCGGUAAUUAG